GUGGAUUUGGUGGGGCCCCAGCCCUAUAUGUCCGACCCCCCUAAGACGUCGCCCGCAGAAGAUUUGCGGCGCAGGUGUCACGCGCUUCUUUCGGUGUUCCUUGAGUAGGUACUGCGCAAAGCACUUCGCCGGAGAUCUCGCAUAGGUGCAAGAAAGGUGUCAGAUCGCUCUUUGCCGUUUUUGCCGAAGCAGCCGCGUGAGCGAUUCUCUUGAAAAACACGAGCUGGCUGUGCUGCGUUGUAGCGAGCACGCGACCGAUUCCUCGUAGCGCUGGCUGCUAGACAUGAGGGGCCACCCCCUAAACCUGAUGGGGUGGCUAGUUUGUUUUCUAUUUCGAACGGACUCAGAAUUUGGCUUAGGGUUUCAGCGGUCAGCAAAUCGACAUGGCGAGCGGAGUCUUGCUGUCACUUGUCGGCCACCACCAAGCGCAAGUAGGGGAGGAUGGCUGCAGGAGUAUGGAGUCCUUAACCAGGACGAUGAGCGAAAGUUUCCAGUUCAUUCUCGGCCGACCAGUGGAGCGCUUUGUUUUCACAGGCGUCAGUGGGCAGUCGCGGGUCCUGCUCGAAUCGGACAGUGACCUGCAGCUUUUUCUCAAAAAUCACACUGCACGCGAGCGCCGCCUCGCUCGGGAGGAUCCUACGCACUUGCCAGCGAUGCCUUCAUUCGAAGUCCGACUUUCACCCGUGGAGACUGCAGACAUGAUGGGCAUUCUGUUUCAGCGCUUAGCGGCCCGCGAGGCUGAGGUACAGAGUUUGCGCUCCCUGAUGAAUGUCGAGCGAGAGGAGCUGUCUCCAUUCGUUCGGGCGGUAGAGGGCAUUGCAGAUGAGCACGUCCCCCAAUUUCUGGUAGAUGCUUACAAAGGACGCUCGGAUGAGGCGGUCGCAAGUUUGAACUCGCGAAAUGGUAAAGCGCAGCAGCAGGGCGCUCGAGUCCUGGCAUUGUGGACGGCCCAAUCCGAGCGGAAUGCUUGGGAAGUGUGGGACUCCGCCCUGGGCCUUAGGUCGGUUUUGCGCAUUUUGAGCGAUGCCGGAAGUGCGGUCGCCGUCGUCGAAAGGUUGCUUCUUGUUUUAGCGCGCUUUGCAAGUUUGUCAGAGCUCGGAGUACUAAAGCAACUCUGUGGCAUGGGGGCGGCUGACCUUGUCGCAAAGAACAUGGCCACGUUCCCACGGAGCUUGUUGGUGCAGCGGCAUGGCUCGUGGUUCUUUGGCCUGCUCUCUGAGGAUGCACAGCCGCGCUCUUGGUUGUUAAACGGCAGUGGUUCUUUUCUAUUUGCCGUUCUGACUGCGAUGGAAAAAUUUCCGUCGGACCUGUUCACAAUCCGCUACGGAGCGUCUGUGCUGCAGUCCAUUAGCCUGGAGCGACCACGCGUGAUUGCUGGAAGCAACGGCAUACGAGGUAUUCGUGUUGCUCUGACGGAAUUCGGAGGCCAUGAUCGACACGUCGCGGCUUCUUGUUUGCGAACAGCCGCGCAGGCAGCUACAAUUCUCGCAGACAAUUCCAAGAUAGUAGAGGAUGGAGCAGGAAGCAGCGCACUUCUGGCAGACUUGUGGGCUUUAUUGCCGAGUGCUCUGGUGACUCUCUCACGCUACGACGCUUCUGUAUCCCGGUACGCCCUGCAUUUUCUCCGAUUCAUGGUAAAAUUCGACGCUGAAGGUGCUGGGAAAUAUAUCGCCAAGGAAGAUUUGUCUUCAAUCCUGCACGCCAUAGCAGAGUGCCUACAGACGUCGCUGGGGGAAAGCGACAGCCACGCGCUUGCACUUCUGGCCGACUUAAGCAAAAGGCCGGACUUGAGGCCGGUGCUGGUACGAAAUGGGGUGUUGCAAGUCUUACGGGUUGCAAUAUGUGGGAGCCACGGUCUGGAAGCUACGCGAGACGUAUUUCGUUUGCUUGCACUGUACACCGAUGAGGGCGCUUUCUGGCCAAAUCUUGGGGAAACAGUUUCCGCACUAAUUUACGCGAUGGAACGGCACGCCUUGGACGAGAAGAUUCAAUCAUACGGCGCGUUCGUUCUUGGUAGCCUGGCCGCCGAUCCGUUGAACAGAGAAGGCAUUUUGAAAGGAGGUGGCGCUUUCGCAUGCUUAAACGCUCUGUAUCGCCACACGUCGGCCACUGCUGGCGCUCUCAUUUCGUGCCCGCGCGUGUCAAUCGAGACGGCAGAGCGAAAAGCGUACGGCGCCGCGGCCGCAGUCGAAAGCGCGGGGGUGCUGCCAGUGCCAACCGCACUGUCUGCUUGGUCUGAUACUCCUCCUGCGCCUUCUGACGUAACCCUGCACGCUUGUGCCGCCUUAGCGAUACUGGCAGAAGUCCCCGCUUGCCGGACCGCCAUUUUGGCAGAGAAUGGAAUGCCUCUGCUUCGGCGCCUGCUUGCAAUUAUCAGGAAGGAAAAUAAGCCAUGGCAGUCAUGACAAAUCGAACACCUCCGGAAGUGCAAACGAGGGGCGCGUUGCUGCCGCUUCGGUUUUCUUUUCCUCUGUCUGGUACAGAUAGGCCUCGCGUUAUUUCUGAGUAGUUUUAUCAUUAUAUAUUGCGCUUGUAAUUGAGAGAGAGCUCCGGAAGAAGUUCGUUUUCAGGUUGGGGAGCUUCUGAUGUGGGCACAAACCCUCUCCCACCAUACCAAAUGCAAUAUCCGGAGUCUAAUCGGCUGCGGCGUGUACGUCCGUGAGGUGGCUCCCCACUCAUAGGGCACGCACGCCACACGAGUUGCGCCAUUCCAUACGCACGAGGAGGGCGCCCCCCCCGAGGGGCGCAGCGGGGAACAGGCCGCCAGUAGGGGGGCGAGUCGGGCCCGAGACCAUGCGGCCUGCCACGAAGGCCGGCGCGAGGAAGUAGUCGCCGGGCCUGCAGGUCUGCCUGGUGCCUGCCGCAAAAGCACGCCCGAAGUCCAUGCCGUUGCGGCACAGCUUGGAUUGAGCAGAUCCAAGAGACCCCCCCGCGCGCCGGCAAUGUCGUGAACCCUACCCCCCAAUCCCGGGCCGGGAAGGGGCCCGCGAAGGAUCGAGAAAAGCAGCCGCCCUCAGACGGAGGCUGGCUGGCAGAGUUGCAUGCAUUGAGGCCACCGAACGGCUCUAGCCAGGGAGGGUUUUUCGCCGCCCAUCGCGCAAAACGGCAGCAAGUUUGCAAUCGGCCGGAAGCGUUUUUGGAUGUAAAAAAAAGCUUCCGCCCGCCAAUCGGUCAGGGCUUUCGCUUUGAUACCAAACAAGCCCGCGCGAAUUCUAUCGGUUGCCGAUUGAUAAAACGACGCAGGGGGCCGGCAAAAAGGGCGCCGCCCUGAGGCGCCCGGCGCACCUGCUUCCCCCGAUUUGGGGCGCCCAAAAAGGUGCGCCAAGAAAAUGCUACGAAUCCACAUGCCGCGAGCCCCAUGGUAUGCAUUGGCCUCGUUUUUGCCCACUUUUGGAGGUCGCAAAGCCGGCCGCAAAGGGCGGCCAUUUCUAUUGCGGGGAGCACGCCAAAACGCGCGGCGUUGACAUAAAAGAGAAAAACUGCAAAAGCCGCCACAGGCAGCAAGCGAAGCUAAUGCGCAUGCUACGGGCCGGAUUUCGGGGGCGCAUAGGGCCGGCCCUGGUGGAGCCCCUAGCGGGGUCAUGGCGUGCAGGAAGGCGCUCCGUCUCUAAAAGCAGCAGCGGCCCGGCGCCAUUUUUGCGCCGCGCCUUUUGCGGUGUGUGUUGCCAUGCUGAUUAAUGACAUGCGCCGCGCUAUGAUGGGGACAAAAGUAGGGCCCUGCCUUUGCACUCGGGGCGGGCUAUGAAUUGCGUUUGCUGCGGACGCGCCCAGCCAGAAAACCCGGCGCGACCUCACUACCACCGCCCCGGCGGCUAUAGCUAUUUGGUAGGAUGCAGCGAGGCAGCAGACGUUCCAUCCUUGCGCCUUUUUUGCCGCCCCAUAUAUAAGCAAAACGGCCAGCAGCCCCCAGGCGGCCGGGCGUGUUUUUUUGGCCGGCGCUGGAGGCUUUCAAUUAUGAAGCGGCCGGGGCUUUGCCGCCAAGCAAGCACGCCCGACGCCAUUCUAUAGCUUGCCGCCUGCUGAAACGGCGCAGGGGGGCCGGCAGAAGGAGCGCCCCCGUACUGAGGAGCGCUCCCGUACGAGAUAAACCGCGCAUCCGCAUGCCAUUGGCGCCAUUUUUGCACGCCCUCGACGUCGCAACGCCUGCCAACCAUCGAAGCCGGGAUCUUUUAACGCAGGGGGCAGCCCAAAGAGGGCGGCGCCUAAACAGAAAAAGCAAAGAAAAAGAUGGCGGCGCCGCUGAAAGCAGCAAGGUUGGUAGCCCGCACGCGGCGCAGGCCUUUCGCCUCAACAAACCCAAAAGGCGGGCAGCUUUGGGCAGCGAUUUUUUUCGGCCGCCGCGCCGCCGUGUAAGUAUUCAUAGCGCUAGGCGUGGUGGCAUGGCGGCCAUGAAAGCUCCGCCGUUUUUUUGCUUGAAGACAAGCACAGCAGCAAUGGCCCCGCUGCCCACCCUGGCUGCGGCGGCUAUUAUUGGCCGCGGGGCGUCUCCGCACGCAAACCGAAGCGCCGCACCACAACACCGGGCCCCCGUAGCAGAACUGCCGCGAACGUGGUGCCCGUUCCCGGCCCAGCGCCUUAAUUGGCACAGGGGCAGGGCCUUCGGUCGUCGAGGCGGACAAAAUCGCGGGGGCCCCGGCGACUAAGGCCACCACGGCAGCGCUAUUAUGUCGCCCCGGCGACUAAGGCCACGACAGGGCGCGGCGCUACUAUGUCGCCCGGCACCCCCGCGGAGUCAGGCCCCAGGCCCGGCACGCCCGGGGCGGCAAGCGGGGAAGCACCAGAGGGACCUCGUUCAGUAGGAUGCGUGCCGCGCGACACUUCAACUUCUAUACCAAGCAACCGAACCUCGGGCCAGGGGGCAAAAAUCAUUUCGGCAGAGCCAGAAUGUUAGUGCUCCGCCCAGGUCGGAAGUAGAAUAAGCGCGGCAGGGUGGCUAUGUCGUGGAUGCCCUCGGCGCCCUCCAUACAAAAUAGACGAGAGUUGCUAGGACUCCCCGGGCGUUCUGUUUUUUCAUUGGCCCCGUGAGCCUCUUUAUAUUGCCUGGGGGGCCAGCGGCCUGCUGGCGACCUACCCCCCCCCCCCCCUUUCGACAAGCGCCCCCGGGUACUACAAGAUCGGUUGUGUGGGGCGCGCUACGCACGCCCGCUGAAGGCGUUUCCCGGACCUUGCUGCUUGGCCAGCGACGUAGGUACUUCCAAAAAAUUUCGCGCCCCCUUAGUCGCGCACUAGUUGAAAGAAUUUUAGGAGCCACGUGCCGCCCGAGGUGCAGCUACGUUACGCGCGUGCGCUUUGCAUUCCUUGCAAAAAUUUCGCGGGGCGCGCUGCGGAUAAAUUGCUGAGGAAAAUCGUCGCGGCUUCGCUUUUAUUCAUUGGCCCGCUGCGAAAGGAACUAACACGAACAGGCGCGGGCUGCAUUCGUCUAAUGAAAGCCGCCAUAGUAGGCACCGACCAGGCUGGACAUCGGAAUUUGUGCGAACGCAGCCCGCCCCUGGUCGCCGUUGCCAGCCAAAGCAAGCCGCUACGCUUCGCCGGGUGCGAUCCUGCAAUCAGAAUCGCGGACCCAAAUGCGCCAACUACAAAGCCCAAACACCUGCAGCAUUUUCGCCAGAAUAAAAUGGCCCGCCAUGGCAUGGAUGGCGCGCAGACUCGCAUCGCGCCCCAGGCCAUGCAGCAGAACUCCUCCCCCGACGGAAAGUCGGCGGGCUGAAAGGGAGGGCUCGCGCCUGGUGUGCCCCGUGUCGUGAAGGGUGAAAGGGGGCCGGGCGCAGCGAGUCAUGGCGCAGCACCUUGGGCCAAAAGCUCUCGCUCCGCUGCAGCGUGCAGCUCUUGGCGUUGCUUCCGUGCUCCUCGACUGAUUCUCAAAAAGUGGCGCGCCAGGUUUGACAUCAUUCGCGCGAAUGCUGAAAGCCAAGCUUUCGUUUGUGCAGUAUCCCCGCGAGUGAAAACCUGUCAGGGAGCCUUGUCUAUUGCCUCGCCAAUGGGUCCGCCGAAGUUUGUUGCUGGGACCUUUUGCCGCAAGGCACAGGGGCGCGAUUUGCUACAGCCAACCCCUUACCACCUUGAGCCCCCCCAAGGAUAAAAAGCGGGGCUUGGUAGCAGUUCGCGACCUUACGCCUUGCGCCAAAAUGGCUAAACUGCAGGCGGCGCACCGAUAUCAAUGCGCCCCCAGUCAACAAGCCGAAGCCCCAGCCCCAGUCCUUCUCUUCCUAUUAAUGUAUGAAAACAAGCACGCGGUCGGCCUCGCUUUGGCCUCUGGCUUUUGCAUUUGUUUCUAGGAACCCCCAAAAAAAGUAGGGCUGUGGGCCCGUGCGUAAGCUGAGGCCCUUGCGAUAUUUAUCAUGUUGCGCGGGGCUUCUUUCGUUGGCUGCGCUUUGUUCUUUGCCGGAGUAGUGAAGCCCGGCUCUGUGGGUAAGUGCCUGCGCGAAAGCAAAUACGGCGGACCUCCGACCAGUGCCGGGCGACCCACCGUGCCACGGACGGGCCGGCGUUGGGCCGGACCCCCCCCACUUUGGCGGGCCGGCCGACGCUUGCCGGCCGUCGACCUACCUACCCCCCCCUUUCGACCUGUCGAAAGGGGGACCAAUUGUUGCGCAGCCUCUUAGAAGACGCGCAGCUUUUCCUUUUCUGCGUCAGCGCUCGGCCCUCAAGGCCGGCGCCCGUUCGCGGGAGUGACCUCUGUCCGCCAGGAUGCCGCCCGCCCAUUUUUUCGGCGAGCGCCCCCCUCGCUUCGAGGGGACUCCGUAGGGGCCGAGCGAGUCCGCGCACGUAGGUAGCCGGAAUGGACGCGCCGCGCCCGAAACUGCCCCCGCAUUGUCUCGGUGGGCGCCUCGAAAGGGUCAGGAGAUGCCGCAUCUGGAUGGGGCAGGCGGCUUGUGGGCCCCUUCUUUUUUCCCGUUCUCAGGCGGCCCGGCCCGGGCAAAAUCAGGAGGGUAAAAGUUUGUUAAAAUGUUGUUAAUUUCCAAACUGCCUAGCUUUCGCGCCUUGGAUUUUCCGGCCCGUUGUGCCACGGCCCCAGCCGCGAGGUUCCCCGCUUUCCGCGCCCCCGUCUGCUGCGUCGUUUCUGUUUGGGAGGCCGCCUCCGGCCUUCGGCGGCGUUGCGCGCCCGGUCUCUCGGUGGCCCCCCCUCCGCCGUACGCCAGGCGGCGCCCCUUCGGUCCGAUGGCCUUGUGGGCCUUCGUGGUUUUCAAUAUUGGUCCGCGUGGCAGCGGCGCCCAGCAGCGGUUGGAAGUGCUUGGGGGCCCACGCGCAGGCUGUGUGGUCUCCUUGUGGGCUUCCGUUUGGGCAUUUAUUUGGGCAAGCCGGGCAGAGCGGGCCUGGCCUUGGGCUGGCAAGUGUCGGCGGGCCCCUUCGGUGUUUCCUGUGCUUUUGGGGUGUCUUUGUUUCUGGCCCGUUUUCCCGGGAACCGGUUUUGGGGGAAAACACCGGGGCGAUUUUUCCCGGGAAGGCGAUAAAAUAUGCGUUAACUUUUGGGUUAAUUUUUUGGGUUAAUUCCAUUUUAAGGCGAUUCCUGUGGGAAAUCGGCCCCCGGGAAAUUACCACAAAAAAUUAACACAAAUAUUAACACAUAUUUUAACACUAAAAUUAACACAAGCCCAGCUCGGAAAAUUAACACUGCCCCAAAGAUUUUUGCUACGACGCGUUUUUUGGAAGGAGAAUGGGGCCGCGUCCCGCUUGGGUUUGGGACGGCCCACGCCGGGUCAUUUAGCUUGCCUUGGCCGCCGGAGAAUGUGGGAGGGCGCAUCGGGGUGGCCUGGGGGUUCGUCGUGGAGCGGUCGGCUUCCCGGGCAAACCACGGGCCGCGCUUCCUUUUUCCCGGGGACAAUCUGCACCAGGCGCCAAUGGGGCCCGGCGCUGCGAUUUUGCCCUAUCCCCGCGGGCAAACGCCCCGGCGCGCGGCCCGCCCCGCGCGAAAACGCCCCGGCCCCCCCUUUGCGCUGGCCCGGUCCGCCCCUCGUCGGCUUCCCCGGCGUGGCCUGCCGGGUUUCCUCAACCAACUGCCGCCACAAAAAAAAUUGGGGCAACCGUUUGCCUUUUUCAGAAUUAACACAUAAUCAGCAGGAAAUUAAAGCCGGAAGCUUGCCCGGGCCGGGCCGGCUGACCGUUCGGCCAGCGGAAAAUGGUGGCGCGUAGAUUGGGACGCCGGCGUCUCGUUUGCAAAUACAACCACAGUGGGCAUCGUCAUGGACUACACCGCUCCACUGCAAGGCUACUGGGGGCCGCGAGAAAAAGGCCGCGGAAAAAAGCAAGAAAAAGGCAGCACGGACACCGUGGCUAGCCGUGCAACCAGGGAAAAAAGAAGCGCGCCGGGAGAAAGACAGGGGGGCGGGGAAAUCGCGAAAAGAAGCACAGAGCCCAGGCGCUAAAGUCGCAGAGGAGGAAGGCUCUCAAGCAUAGAAGCGCCGCGCUAUAGCCUAGAUAGCUAGGGCCCAGCCGCGGCAGGGAAGAAAAUAAAGAAAACAAACGCCCCGGCCAGCCUCCCGGCGCAGCCAGGCUGGUCACGCACCGCGCGAACAGCUUCGACCGGCGGGGCGCGGCGCUACUUGGCGGGCCUCGUAUACCGGCGCGGCCCUCGGCGGGUUCUGCGGGCAGGUUUCGGCCGGUUGUUCCGGAGCCCCCUGUUCGGCACAUGGCGGCCGCCGGGGGCGACGGGGUUUCCCGCUGGCUGGGCGGAGGGUGGGACGAGCGCCACGGAUGGGACCGUAGCGGUGAUGGUCCUUGCAUACUUGCGGCAAGAGGAGGCGCCAAAGGCAAGCGGGCAAACUUCCACUGGGUGGGUGGUUACUGCUAAAGCGGGCGGCAAAACGUCAUCUGGUGCGCAGAAGUGUUCCACACUGCUGCAGAUGCUGCCGCCUCGUAGGAUUGUUGUGCAGUAUGCGAGAGGAGUUCUGCAGCCCACCUUACCUACGGAGCGCGCGCGCCAUUCUUUUUCGCUGCCCCCGCUUGAUGGUUUGGGUUGGCACAGUACAGGCAACAACCCACGCCGGGGAACUCGGACGGGGUCGAGUUACGGGAUUAGGUGUGUAUCACCACCACGGCGGACUUUUCCUAACCAGUGCCAGAGGUACUCGACAGCCCGGAAGAUGGCCGCAGCGGGAGGCGGCCGCGCCACAGCCAUUCGCCGCGCGCAAAAUCGAAAGAAGGGAGAAAAGAAACACCUCUCGACAGUUUUGCCAUGCCCACUGAGGUGCUACGUUUUUGCCUGCCGCAGCCACUUUUUCUUCCCUACAAAAGCUGCCAAGAAGAAUAGCAGUGACGAACUUGCAAAGCAGCUGUGCAAAGUGUUUGCAUUCCUGGUAUUGGACGAGAACUGUCUGGCGUUUUGCCUCCAGGAAGGCUGCGCAGACGAUCUGAUGGAGAUUUGCGCGCAAUCUUGGCGAAAGAAGGAGGUCUGGCACUACGCCAGUCGGGCCCUCGCAAAUCUUUCAAAUGGUGCUUCGAGCCCGCUUAUGCGAGCGUCUAACGGAUCGAAAAUUAACCAACGUAGGCGCUUCAGACGAGGCCCUGGGUGCAAAACAAAGCUUCUGAGAUUUUUGUUUGUAUCUAUGAGUACGUAGCAAACGCAGAGUGAGCCUCGGCCAUCCUUCCCUUUAAGAAAAGGACAAGUGAAAUUGAAAAGGUGCAGACGCCAUGGCCAUUGAUUUUAGGAGUGGGUCGCGCACGCGGCCGUCCGUUCAUCCACAAGAGUGAGUGUGGGGCUCUCGUCCGGGGCUCACGCAUGGGUACCGCGUAGCGCGCCGAUCGUUUACCUGUCAUGACAAGUUGCGUAGCCAGGUACCGCCCCCAAGCGAUGGGCGCAUGCUCCUCCUGUAGUACCUCGCGCGACAUGCGCCACAUGGAGUGACAUUAGGAGUCGCCGAGGAGACUGAUUGUCACGACAGGAGCAUGAGCUAGCCUAGGCGGUUGAAGUGUCGUAGUUAGCUAGAGCGGGCUGAUAGAUCCCGGACCCAAGCGAUUGUGAUCUAGUCAGCACGAUGUCUUCGCGCUUAGAGCGCCUCUAAGUCCAGAGUUUUGAUUUGUCCCGCCCUCCCACCCGUGUGCCUGUUGCGAGGCCACUCGGACUGCGUCCUGAAACGACCUCGGGUACCGCGUAGCGCGCCGAUCCUUUACCUGUCAUGACAAGGUGCGUAGCUAGGUACCGCCCCCAAGCAAUGGGCACAUGCUCCUCCUGUAAUACCUCGUGCGACAUGCGCCACAUGGAGUGACAUAGAUCCAGUAGAACUAGAAGCUAAAAAGAGCCACGCCGCGUCAAGUAAAACACCUGUCGCAUCCAUGGCGCGCAACACAGGCCACGGUGGGUGCACUCGGUGGACGAUGAAGAGCCAGGCAGCGUGCCAGCUAGUGGCACGGAUUUUUUUGCGAAGUCUUGCAAAUGCUUUGCAAAUUUGCUUGGGCCGCCGCCAGCUCGGGCUUUUUUGUGCGGGUGUUCGUUUGUUGUCCGCGUGUAUUUCCCGCUGCGCGGCGCGAUCGGUUAUCAACCGCUGGUAGCAUGGUGACGGCACGGGCCCGGCGAGGUCGCCGGCGCCCAAUUUGCGAAGAAGCGAAGCGCUCGCGCGCCGGGCUUGGCCGACCCGGCGAACCGGUAGGAGCACCGCAGCGCGCGCACGCCGGCAGCAAUCGCCCUGGCACCGGGGGCAUGCUCUUGAGCUCGAGGUGGACUCCCGCGGGCGCCUUCGUUCUUUUCCAGUGAAAGCCGGGGGCUGCUUCGGUUUCCCGCUUUCGCAACUGCUUCGCAGAUGAAGCAUCAAAGGCCCGCGGCUUCGGGAGCCGCCCCCCGCCGCCCACGUAAUGGCGCCGUGCACUGCGCCCGGUCGGCGCAGGAUGCCCGCGCCGCCCCGGCCGCCGGUUUUCCGGACGCAAUGCUCCGGACGUGGGGGUUGCUCUGCGAAGGGCGCUGGCGGCCGGCACUGUGAGCGCGGGCGGGGUCUGAAGGCUCUUGCGCCCUUGGUUGCCGCCGGUACGCCGAGAAAAGGGGCAGCGCGCUCGCAGCCAGGGUCGCGAGAAGAAUUAGAGCAGGCAUCACAUCGCGGGCGGUUGCAGGGCGAGGGCUCCAGUCCUCUUUCUGCCGCCCGCGCCGGGCCCGGCCCUGAAGAACCCGGCGCCCGACACAUGCGAUCGCGCCCGCCCGGCCGCCCCCCGCGUUUUCCCUCACCGCUUCGGCGGCCUCCCUCAUCCGGGGCCCCCUUUUCGCCGGCCCAUUGUUAUUGCAUGCUGCCCCGCUCGCCCGCCUGUUCUGGGAACCCUGUCCGUAUGUGGCCCGGCCCCCGCUCUUCUUCGAGCGAACCCCCAUGGCGCUCACCGUGGGGCGCCCCCAUCCGUAUUCCCUUUCCCGACACCCGCGCGGCCUCGUUCCUGGUUGUUUUUCUCGCCGGCCGUCGCGGCUGCUAGGGAGGAGAGCCGCUUCGCAAUGAACUCCGCAGGCCCGGCCACACCAGGAACUCGGGCCCCCCGUGCUGGGGCCCGGGUGGCCCAACAACCACCGCGAGCGGCCCCUAGCUUGGGCGCAAGGCGCACAGGGCGCAGUGUGUGGAAAUGUGGCGCGCACUGUCGCCCACAGACAUUCGGGGGCCGCCCGGAGCAACCUGGCCCCCGCCCCCUUGGAGCCCGACGGCGGUGGUCCCGCGGGGCGGCGUCUCGCGCGCGCAACGCAGCACCACUGCCGUAGCUUCUUCCGUGCCAUGCCUGCUCCCCGAGUGGGAAGCGAACCGCGACAAAGGGUGCAGCCGCCGGGGCAGCUACAAAAAACGCUGGCCAAUCAAUGGGCCCGGGUGCGGAGGCAGCCGCCACAAGGGUGGCCUGCGCCUGCUCCCCGGGCGGGCGCGGGGGCAGCCACAGAAGCCAAUCGCUGCGCUCGUUGUCGCUCUGUACUGUUGCGUGUGUAGUUCUAGUUGCCGGCCUGGCGUAUUGGCAGGCAGCAAAGCCCGGCGCCCGCGCACUCGCGCGCAUUGACAACUUGGCAGGAGCCAAGCUACGGGGAUUUGUUGCGCGGGCUGCUGCGUGGUGCAACAGCCCGCGGCGCAGUCCGCGGCCUUUUGCGUUGCGAGCGCGCGCCGAGCGGCUGCAUUGCUGGCGUCCCUUUUGUGAACGCAGAGGCAUUAAAGCCAAAGCCGGGACGCAAAGAAAGGCGGCCGGCCCGGAUUAUAUAUUGAGCGCGACUGGUAACGCCGGUCAUGCCAUGCAAGGCUAUGCCAAGCGGGGUGGCGGUCGGAUCCGGCGUGCAGACGAGGAAGCUCCAGCUGGGUGCAGCAGGUUUGUGGGCGCAGCCCGCGGCGCCAUUGGCCCGCUUCCUCGGGAGCCACCAUCGGCAGAGUCUUUCACGUGCCGCCAGGGCUCCGGCCUUUUGUUCCGUAGCAAGUUCCUUGCGGGCAUAUUAGAGUAAAAAGGCAACCAGCAACGACGUCAUUGCUAGAAAGCAACCGGCGGCAGGGUGCCACUCGUCAAGCCUCGCCAAUGCCGAUUGGGGUCUAUCUUUUAUCUUUAUGCUUUUUCUAUCACCCCCGAUUUUUCUAUCUUUUGUGUAUGCGUCGCUCCCCUUCCACCUGUUCCUUUUGCUUUGCGUCUAAUUCUACUCCGAGGCCGGGCUUGUUAGCCGAUGGCACGUUCAGAGGGCCACACCCGUGAGGAGUUGGUUUGUGAGCCACAGCGCAGAUCAUGACUUGACUGACUCCGUGUGACGAGGCUGAGACGGAUAGUAGCUUUUGAAGCUUGUAGUUCUAGGCGUAGGCCAUAAUCUUGAAAGUAGCGCUCGCAUAUUGCAUUGGGCUCCGCCAUUCCGCCUUGAUGUCGCAGAGAGUGUUGUGAAUGCCAUGCGGGAGCACGGAGGAGAGUCACGCGUGCAAGAAGGUGGCUGCGAGCUCUUAUGUACUCUCGCACCGUUCCCGGAGUGGCAGGGUGCACUUGUUCGACUGGGGGCUAUUCAGCGGAUUGUCCAGGCAAUGGAAAAGCAUAUCGGAGCAGCAGACGUGCAGCGCAAAGCGUGCUGGGCUCUGACCGUGUACGCAGGUGCGGACAUGUUGCGAGAAAUAGCUUGCAACUCAAAUGCACUGGAGGCGGUGGCAGCAUGCCUGCGAGAGUACGUGGCCAGGACUGAGGCUGACGUAUGCGAACAAGCUUGCGCGUCGCUUUUUUCUCUGGCGGUAUCUGCUGAGGCGCGCGCGCGUCUUGGUGCAGUUCAAGCAGAAGAGCAAGUGCUGCAGUGCCUCUCAAUCAUGGACGCAGGCGUGCAAUUGCAAGCACUGGGCGCGGUGAGUAACUUGGCAGUGGAUCCUCUAUUGCGGCUCCGUAUGGUCGAAAGAGAUGCUGUGGCCUUGGUCUUGCAGUCGUUGAGAACCUAUGGCGAAGAUGCUCAGAGCUGCCAGCUAGCGUGUAUGGCGCUAGCUAACUUAGUGCACGACAAGCUCGGCGGAGAGGAUGCGAAGAGGCAGCGAGCAUUGGAAACCGCCACGAGACUCCUAUCGAGACACGGACAGCACUCAGGUGUGCUUGAGCAAGUAUGUGCCGUGCUUUGCAAUGUCAUACAAGAGGAGAGCGACCUCGAAACGUUUUUAGAGGGAGACGGGGUGCCCGUGCUUCUGCGAGCCUUGCGCGUGCAGUUUGCUGCCUCGACAGCCGGCACCGAAAAAACGGCACACCAGGCGCCUCGCUUGCGUGACUCGUUUGGGGUACAGCAUCCCUAUGGAGCGUCGCUAGAAGAGAAGAACGCCGCGCGCACUCACGGAACAGCCGUCGAGGCUGCGUGCUGUGUACUAACGAAGCUCGUAGCGUUUCAGGGCAACAGCGGCGAACGCUGCCUGCAGAUGAUUAUACGUGACGGAGCUACUGAACUCCUGAAGCAAGUCAACGCCAGCCCCUUGUCCUUUUUUGAUGCAAGAAUCUGCACCGGCGUUCUCCUUCGAAGACUGGACCCGCCAGAAGUCCGAGCGACACUCUAGAUGGAUCCUCUGGCUUGUGCGUACGCUUUCCACUCGCAAAAGAUGGCGGCGAAGCGUAGCUCCGCAGCAAUGGGUUUGUUUGUGUUUACCUGUGGCACUGCCACUGGUAGCGAAGUCCGAGCAUUAGGAAUUCACAGUGGGACCCGCCGGAAAAAGAAUGAACGGGGAAGCAGCUAGCCUAUGGAUUUAAAUAUCCGGGCGCUCGGCGAAUGUACUAGAGCAUCGCGGGAAGGCUUGCCUCGGGAUGGAGCGUUUUUCUUGAGCGGCAGAACGAGCGGCGGAGCAAGUCGCACGCGCCCUGCAGCGAAGUGAAAUUCAGUGAUCCAAAAAAAGCGCGGAGCCGCGCUAGGGCUUUUGCAUAUAUUGAGGCCGGGGCGAUUGUUCUAUUCUGGCCGCAUUUUUGCAAGCUCUCACGCAAAACGCUCGGCAGUUUCGAAGCGGUCGGAGGUGUUCUGUCGCAGAAAGAUAUUGCAGCUUGAUCUGAGUGAGACUGGUUGCUGCAGCACCGAAUCGGUACGGUAUUCGAUUGAAGAGCGCAGAGGAGCCUCCUAAGCUGGCGCCCUUCUGCGACGCCCUUCGCCUUAGGUCCUGGCGCUUUCGGGUGCAGAAAAAUUGGGAGCGCCAGGAAGUCGCCGGCGGAAAAAAUAGGCAAGCUUCAUGGUGUUGGCCACGCUCUUUUAGGCCCGCAGCUUGCGUUCCCGCGCUGCAAAGACUCGAAGCAAAGUCGGCCGCUUCUACUGUGGGAAUCAGGCCAGCAGCCGCGUUUCCGGACUUAAGUGAAAAACUAAAACUUCAAGAAGCCAAAGUCUGAUACAAGUGGAAAGCGGGGGCGCGUGCUAUUGGCCUGUUUUGGCGUGCUCGGGGAGCCGGCCCGGGUGGGGCCAUGGCGUAGGGAAGCAAAUGCGUCCGGCUCUUAGAUGCAGGAAGCCCGCUGCCCUUGGGCGCGAUGAUGUUUACUACCUGUGCCUUCUCUAUCAUGGCCACCAGUAGCAUAAUGUUAUACAUCGCGGACACUGGCUGGACGAAUAGUGCGGCCCCUUUGUUUGCUUGAAUGCGCGAAGACAAUAAGGAGCAGGGCGUCGGGC